AUGGACCCCAACGCCUUCACCCGCCCCUUUGACGAGUCGUUGAUUCGCGAACUCCCUCAGCUUCAAUCUCUCCGCAUUGCUCCCCUCCGCCAGCCUGUGGCCCGUCUCCGGAGCAUCCCUUCCCCCCUCGAGCCCAAUGCCAGCCGCGUCCGGAAGUCCCCCAGUACCACCAACAACGCCAUCCUGUCCGCCCGCAAUGACUCGGUUCCCGGAGCCCCCGAGGUGACCUCCCGGCCCAAGAAGACGGACCCCUCGGUGGACUCGCUCCUGAGCGUCGAGCCGCCGCCGCCCCGGCCCAUCUUGCCCGCCUUUGUCAAUCUUCGUGCGCUGGAGCGAUUCUCCUACCCGUUCGACGACGACAGUGUCCACUUCCGCAAACGCCGGCGGUUGGACGUCCAGUCGGAGAACUUCGGUGACCACCUGCAGUUGCCCAUUCCGCAGGCGCAGAAGGAGCAGCGGCCGCCGCCCUUUGGGCCGUUUGCGAUUCUGAAUGGUCUCAAUGAGCCGCCCCCGAAUGCGGCCCUGCUCCCCCCGAUCGAACCCGGGUCGAUCACACAGCUCCUGACCAAGCCGUCCCGGGCCAGUGCGGUCGUGGAGCCAGCCUUACUCACUGCUAAUGCGGUUGCAGGUAGCCAGGUCGCGGAACGACGAGAGGGCCGGAUUGAGGAGAUCCUGGACUCCCCGGUCGAUCGCGCGGCGGACGAGGAGAUCUCCAGCGGGCUACUGGAGGAGGUCACCCCCGAAGAACCGACGAGAUCCGACAAGACCGAUACGGAGACGGAUCCCCGAGAUCCAUCUACCGAGGACAAUACCGAGCCGCUGUCGCCCAAGACGCGUGGCCGGUCUCGCAAGAACCUCCGCAAGUGGACCGAGGACGAGACGACGGCCCUGCUGCGCGGGGUGGUCAAGUGCGGGAUUGGCAACUGGACGGCGAUUCUGGCCCAGCCGGAAUUGAAGUUUAACAAGCGCAGCGCAUCCAACUUGAAAGAUAGGUUCCGCGUCUGUUGCCCGUGGGCGUACCGGGCGGCGGAUCCCAAUGAAGCCACCAAGCAACUGCAUGACACGCUCGCCAACGCCCUCUCGCGCGCGGAAACCGAAGGGUCCGACGGACAAGCGGGGAAAAUCCACCUGCCACACCCGCGUCCCGCGGAGCAUGCCAGCGCCGUGCCUCUCGAGGCCAGCUCGAAGGAAGCAGACCCGAAAGGCAAGGCCAAGAGCAGCUCCACCACGCCGACUCUGUCUAGUAGAUCCAAAUCGACCCUGGCGUCGCUAGGCAUCCCCGAGCCACACUUUACCAUGAAAUCACGGCGACGCUCCCGACGGCCGUUCACCGUGGUGGAAGACGAAGCCUUGCUCAAAGGAUACGCCGUGCACGGCUUCCAAUGGACCCUGAUCCAGCAAGACAAACGCUUGAACCUGAGCCACCGGCGGGCGACGGACCUGCGCGACCGAUUCCGGACGAAAUUCCCGCACGCCUAUCGGGAUGGAGGGUCCGUGAGUGGACGGACCCUGCACGGGAAAGACAAGAUUCCUGAGCAGCGGAUUCCGGGCAAUGGACCGAACCCGCCUGUCCGGGCCAAACCCGAGGUCAGCGCACAUGGACCCAUUGAUCCAGCGCUGGCACCUCCGGCACCGCCGCAGGGGUUUCACGAGAGCUCGAGCAGUGCCGGGCCGGGGGUGUUUCCGUUUCCGCUGGACGAGAAUUCGGGAGAAGCGUCGUGGGCGGAUAAUACGUUGGCGCCGAUGAUGUGGGAUGAGCUUGCGUGAGCUUAACCUAGUAGACUGCUGUGCAUUUAGCAAUGCAUUACGGCAUAUUUGCUUGGCGUGCUACAUUGUUGGACUGACAUGAUUGCUAGCGAGCAUGUUGAGAUAUCACUACUGGUUAGAUGAUAUGAGAAUGAGCAAACAAUAAACAAUCUCGG